CUCAUGAGCAACUUCAUUAUUGUGAAAAGUUUGUUUUCUAUCAAAGAAGAUGAAGAAAUUUUUUGUAAAAGAAUUCUAUGAAAUUAUCUCGGAACCUAUUAAAUUAAAAGAAAAACAAUGUAUCACAGUGCAACAUGUUGAAUUACCCGAGGUGGAUGAUGAAUUGUCAGUGACACUACGAAUAAAGCUUAAGAGUCAUUAUUCUGAUUGGGCCACUAUUUUUCGUAAAGGUGGUGGUAAUGAGAGAGAAAGACUUGUACGAACGCCUGGACUUUUCUUACAUGCAAAUAAUUCCAAAUUAUAUCCCCGUUUCACGGGUAACUGGAAUGAUAAUGUAGGAAUUAACACAGUUGGGGACAGACUUUUGUUAAACAAAUGGUACCAUAUAACUUACACACUUUCUGAUACUGAAAAGAGAAUGGAUAUCUUCAUAAAUGGUGUAUGGACCGCAUUCUAUGCUAUCGAAAAUGUUCAAAUGCAUAGAGUUAAAUUCAAUGAUAAGCAGUUGGAUAUUGGGUGGUGCGUUGAUGGCGAAAUCAGGCAUGAUUUUUCAUAAUAAUUUUCAUAAAUUAAAAAAUUUUUGUUUUAAAUAGCCAUUUUUAUUA